UGUGGCUGCUGUAGGUUUCGUUUCAAUGGUUCGCUCGCUGGGUGCGGUGCUGCCGGCUGUCGCGUCUUCCAAGACCUGGAUGACCUGGGAAGCGCCACAUAACCGUCCACCGCCUAGAUUAGGGUCCCCCCUCCCCUCCAUAUUGCCCGCCAUUGGCCUUGGCAACUCGGCUCGCCUCCCUUUUACACCUGCUUCUCCUCUUCCGCCAUCCGACGGGGGUCCCUCUCUCCAACUCGUGCACCCCCAAGGCGCCCUCCCCGGUCGACCUGAUCACUCCCGGGAGCUCCAACCCUUCUUCUUUUUUCCUAUCCUCCUUUCCUUUUCCUUCUUCUUUGGCGCCUGUGUCAUCCCUUGCCUACGCCCUUGCUUUUGUUUCCCGUUCUCGCUUCGAGGAGGCUGGAGAAAGAGGAGCUUCGCGGGGAUCUUCUCCAAGCCAGCACGUCACCCUGCCCGUCGCCCUGUCUCGGUUGACGGAACGGACUCUCGGUUACCCUGGACCGCCACCCGUUGCGUUGCUCCCCCCUCGCCGCCACAUCGAGAAAAAGCCGGACUGCUGGCUGAUCAACGCCCUGUCAUUGUCUUUCCCACUAGUCUCGGGGUUGUCUCUUCGGAUCGAGCAAGGCCGUCCUUUGUCUUUCUGUGCUCUCCCCGCUCUUAUUUGGACCCGAUUUCUACCAUUAGCAGUUCCCUCGGCGAGCGUGCUGCUAUUUCCUCAGCUGCGACCUUUGUUUCUCAUCACCGCGACCUCAACCGAUUGCUACUUGCUGCUUGCUGUUUGCUGCAUCGCAUUGCAUAGCAUUGUUUGGCGAAUCCGCCGUUAUAUACCCCGGCCGUUUCGUACCGUUCUUGUAUACGCCGCCCGCCCUCUUAGCCUCGGUCAGAUCGCUUGUCGCCACGGUUCCGGUCUUUGUUCGCCUGACCAUUGGCCCGUCCACUUAAUCACUAAUACCUUUUAAUUAUCCUGGAGAGAGGAGGGUCUGCGACUCUCUGCCGAACUUGACUUGCGACUGAGGAACCUCGUCCGGUUUUGCAUCGAUCUGUGUAGCAGAAACGCCCACACAAAGAUCCGGCUAUACCGUCCCAGCUCCCUCGUGAGAGCCUGGGAGCAGGCUGCAGACGGAUACUUGAUCCGUCGCCAUGCACUUCCACACAGUCCUUGUCCAGUUGACUCUGUGGGUGGCCGGCAGCAAUGCCUUCUACCCCUUUAUUCCAGAGUACCUCUGCGAGGACAAGUCGUGCCAGACCCAGAACCGGAAACGGUUGUUGGAGGAUGGAGCUGUGACAUUCCCCCUGUCACAAAGAGCACCCGAUGCAUCCGAAUCCCAGGCCGACAGAGUGCAGCGCACCGCCCGCUACCUCUCCGCCAAGUACGGCCGAAAGCCCCCUGUUGGUAUCAGCGGGGAUGUUGCGGCCGCACCGGUUCUGGAUAGGAGACAGAACAGCAAGUACACGGUCUCGAGGGCUGCGAGCACCAGCACGGCAGACAGCGUGGGGUUGCACCAGGAUGGGUCCGAUCUGUCCUACUUCAUCGACGUCGGACUAGGGUCCGGAGCAAAGUCUGUGUACAUGCUGUUCGACACCGGCGCCGGAACGACGUGGGUUAUGGGCUCCGACUGCAAGUCCGAGCCGUGUCUGGUGCACAACUCGUUCGGCCCAGCCGACUCGGCCUCCCUUAAGGCCACCUCGCAGAGCUUCUCGAUAGCCUAUGGGACCGGGUCUGUCGUGGGAGUCAUCUCGACGGACACGGUUGCCAUCGCCGGGAAGAAGGUGACCAUGUCCUUUGGUGUGGCGAACGUGACGUCCAACGACUUCAACCACUUCCCGUUCGACGGCAUCCUGGGCAUGUCUAUGAACAAGGGGGCGACGGAGAACCUGCUGCAGGUGUUCAAGAGGGAGAAGACGUUCAAGGCCAACACGUUUGGCGUCUUUGUGAACCGCAACGCCGACGGGCCCAACACGGGCGAGGUCAGCUUCGGCGGCACAAACCCAGCCAAGUACACGGGCGCGCUGUCGUACACGCCCGUGUCGGACAAGGCCAACGGCGACUGGGCAAUCCCGAUGGACGACCUCGCCUACGACGGCAAGAAGGCGGGUGUGACGGGCCGGCUAGCCUACAUCGACACGGGCACGACCUACAUCUUCGGCCCCGCCGCCGACGUGGCCACGUUCCACAAGUCCAUUCCCGGCGCCAAGCUCGACGCCAACGGCGGCGGCACCACGUACACGGCGCCCUGCGACUCGACCAAGACGCUGACGAUAUCGUUCGGCGGCGUCGCCUACGCCAUCCAGACGCGCGACUGGCUGUCGGGGCCAAACGCCAACGGCGAGUGCGUCAGCAACGUCUACGGCAUCGAGGUCGUCCGCGGCGCCUGGCUCCUGGGCGACGUGUUCCUCAAGAACGUCUACGCCGUCUUCGACGUGGACCGGACCCGCAUCGGCUUCGCCACCCGCCCGCCCGUGCCGACGCCGGCCCAGGGCGCCGCCACGACGACGACGACGCCAGCCAGCAGCAGCGGGAGCGGUAGCUCCUCGACGGGCGGCGGCGGCAGCACGCUGAGCCGCCCACCGUCGUCGUCGACGUCCUCGUCACCCUUUACGCUCCUGCCGCCGACGAACCCCGGCCCGACGCCCGGUGGUGGGCAGACAGGUGGGCAGAACUCGCAGGCGGCCGGGUCGUCGCCCACUCCCGGCAAGGAGACGUCUUCUGCUGCCGCUGGCCGCACGCGCGUGGGUGGAUACGUCGUGGCCGUGGCGUGUGUGCUCGCAACGUCGGUAGCCCUGUUGUUUUGCGCAUGAUAUCCAUCAGGAGCCGUGGAGACGGGUACAGGCAGCAACGGCGACGUUCCUUGUGGUGCUAGAACAAAAUCUAGCUUGAACAAGAAGGAAACCCCGCCAGUUGUUAUGCGAUGUGUCUUGGAUAUUCGAUUUGUACGAUAGCUACCUGUAGAAACACAUGAUACCCAUGCGGGGGCGGAGGAGGACGGGGGAAACUUGGACAUGUAUGCGCACACGAAUGGGCCCAUAUGGUCGGUAAUUUGAUGGUGGUUGCCUCUGAGUUGGGGGUAAAGAAUACGCAUGUCUGUCGUCCGCCAUAUUGUGAAUCUGCC